UCCUCGCAGAGCUCCUUUAAAACCAAACUACCACGACUGUCGACGGCAGGUAGCCAUGUCAAAUAACCCCAGCUGGUUUUAAAGCCACACACCAAACCCUUCUUCUCCUUCCUUGUCCUCUCCUCCUGACCUCCUCUCCUAGCCAAGCUACCUAGACAGUAGACACCGUCAGAAGAACACAAAUGGUCACCAGGAAGCUGGCCUUGGGCUCCCUCUUCCACACCAAGGCCGCCAAGGUCGACAUCGCCUCGUCGUCAUCACCACCCCGCGACCCGGCCGCCGCGGCACCCGCAUGGGCGUGGCCGUCGUGCAAGCACCCGAGAACGCAGUCCUUCCACCACGCCGCCCUACCGCCGCCCGGCGCUCCAAGGACACUCGCCUCCAUCUUCCUCGACUCGGCCGAGAGCUCCUUCACGAGCUCCUCCGCGCGGCAGCACGAAGACGACUGCUCCGCCGACGACAGCCUCUCCUCAACGGCGUCCGAGGCCUCAGCUGCGGGCGAGGCUGACGACAGCGCCAUCGUCGUGGGAGGCCUCCGCAUCCGCUCCUCCGACCGGCUCCUCUUCGACCCGGCCGCGGGCGCGUCGGCCACGAGCUCCAUCCUCGAGGAGAAACCGUUGGCCGCCCGCGCCCGUGCCCGUGACCACGAGGUGUUCGUGGGCGGCCUGGCCGUGGCGUUCGAGUCGGCGAACCCGUACCGGGACUUCCGGGCGUCCAUGGAGGAGAUGCUGGACGCCGCGCACGGGGUCGGGGCGGGCUUCUUGGGCUGUGGCUGGGGCUGGCUCGAGGAGAUGCUCGGGUGGUACCUCCGUGCCAACGGCGAGGACACGCACGGCGCCAUCGUGGCGGCCUUCAUCGACGUCAUAGUCGCCAUCGCCGACCGGCAGGCCCGCUGUGCGUGCUCGUCCCGGAGUUGUUCGUGCACGUCCGUGGAUCGAGAGUUGGGAGAGGAGCCCAGAUAAGACGAAGCUAAAAUACUCCAGUGUAAUAACAGCCUCUGUGGAUCUCUCGUCAUUUGUGUCAGUACCUGGGUGGGAUGAUCAUGAGUGUGCGCAUGUCAACUUUGUCGAGCCAAGAUGAAUGAAAAAUGAAUAUUGCAGAGUCGGUUAGUUAAUUGGGACUAGCUAGGCUCAGUCGAUUUCUCA